CCUGAAGGGAAAAUCAUGCCAAAUACCAUUUUUGUGGGUGGAAUAGAUAUAAGGAUGGAUGAGACAGAAAUUCGGACCUUUUUUACACGAUAUGGCACAGUUAAAGAAGUGAAAAUAAUUACUGACAGAACUGGUGUCUCUAAAGGAUACGGAUUUGUAUCAUUUUUGGACAACGUAGAUGUACAGAAAAUAGUUGAAUCACAAAUAAACUUUCAUGGGAAGAAGCUCAAAUUGGGACCUGCAAUAAGAAAACACCCAAACUUAUGUGCCUAUCAUGUGCCACCCAGGCCAAUGCUUAUUAAUUCCCCUACACCUCAGUUCCAUAGUGUUUGGAGUAACCAGGAAACAUAUAUGCAGUCUCCAGCUGUGAUGAGUCCUGUAACACAAUAUGUUCAGGCCUAUCCUUAUGGUUCUCCAGCUUUAUUAAUUCAGCAACAAGUCCCUGUAGGAUACCAGCCAACUUAUAAUUACCAGAUUCCACCACAAUGGCCUCCUGGAGAACCAAGAAAUUACAUCGUCCCUCCGGCAUAUACUACAGUGAAUUAUGGUAGUGAAAUGGAUGUAGGAACUGACCAAGCAGAGUGUUUUAUGACUGACACUGCACAGUCAUGUGCAAACAGUCCUCAAAAGAAAUCUGUGGAUCGCAGCAUACAGACAGUAGUAUCGUGUCUAUGUAAUCCAGAUAAUCGGUUGAGGAACAAUAUUGUAACUCAAGAGGACUAUCUUAAGGAGAAGAGAGCACAUCAUUUUAGAAGAAGUAGAGCUGUUCUUAAAACUGUUUGACUCAACAAU